AUGCUCGCGCCCUCUUUGAUUGCGAACGGGAUCCCUGUUCAGCAGCGCAUUCAGGCCAGUUGCGCGCUGCGUUGCGGCGGGGCCGCGUUGCUGGAGGAGGCGGUCGAGGCGUGCUCGUCAGUGCUCGAGGGCGGCGGCGGCCCGCAGGCGGCGCAGGCACUCUUUCGCCGCGCCAUUCCGGCGGCCGCAGCAGGGGGCGGGUCGCGGCUCGCAGCCGCGGACCUGCUCCAGGCAGCGCGAUGCGACCUCCAGGAGGCGGGCAUGCUGGAGCCGCGGAACGGCCGCUUUGCGGCUGCCCUCGCGCAGG